ACGAAAGAAAAAUGGAACCCCCGUAAGCCAGGCAUCUCGUAGGCACCCGCCGAAGAAACAGGCAAGGGACGUGGGGUCCUUUGCUCGCGCCGAAAUUCAAAGAAAUAAAUAGUUCCGGCGCUGGUUCUGGACGCGGGCGAGUGUUGCUGCGGCUAUGGUGGAAUUUGCUUCCUAGCGCCCGGGGUUGGGCAGCGUUGUGGGCUCUCCGCCCCGGUGACCAGGGCCUUUCUUGUGAGCCUCAGGCCCGGGCAGCUUGGCGCGGCGGGGAGGCAGAACUCCUGUGACCUGUUUGAUUCUUAGUAGAAACUGACUUAUCCGGCCCAGUAGGAAAAAAUGCAUAUUAAGUCAAUCAUUCUUGAAGGAUUCAAGUCCUACGCUCAGAGGACUGAAGUCAAUGGUUUUGACCCCCUCUUCAAUGCCAUCACUGGUUUAAAUGGUAGUGGAAAAUCCAACAUAUUGGACUCCAUCUGCUUUUUGCUGGGUAUCUCUAAUCUGUCACAGGUUCGUGCCUCUAAUUUACAAGAUUUAGUUUACAAAAAUGGGCAAGCUGGUAUUACCAAAGCCUCAGUGUCAAUCACUUUUGAUAAUUCUGACAAAAAGCAAAGUCCUUUAGGAUUUGAAGUUCAUGAUGAAAUUACAGUAACAAGGCAGGUGAGUGGUUUUGGCGGCAGAAAUAAAUAUUUAAUCAAUGGAGUAAAUGCAAACAAUACCAGAGUACAGGAUCUGUUCUGUUCUGUUGGCCUUAAUGUUAACAACCCACACUUUCUCAUCAUGCAGGGCCGAAUUACAAAAGUAUUGAAUAUGAAACCUCCAGAGAUUUUGUCCAUGAUAGAAGAAGCGGCUGGAACCAGGAUGUAUGAAUACAAAAAAAUAGCUGCCCAGAAAACUAUGAAAAAGGAGGCUAAGCUUAAAGAAAUUAAGACGAUACUUGAAGAAGAGAUUACACCAACCAUUCAAAAAUUAAAAGAGGUAUACACUAUAGAUGUGAAGAUAACCAAUUAUAAUGUCUCUCAAAAUUGGUGAUGUGUUCAGGAUCAAACAUGAGGAAUGAAUUGUAUACUAAACAGGAAUUUUUUUUUCUGGGAUGAAAUAAGGAAUAGAAUUAGUACUCUGUAACUCAGCCUUCUG